UUUCCGACUCUCACACACACGCACACACCUGCAAACAGUGUAGCUCCCCUUGAGCGCCACGGCGUCGCAUAUUCCCCACUCACCUAUACACAGUCGCACCUCUGCUGCCGUGGCCCCCAUGUGGCCCCUCCCUUACCGGACUGGACCGAUAAAUAGGUUAAAUCUGUCACCUGGAGUAGCCGAGAUAAAUGCACCGGGAGCGUCCGGAGAUCCCUUGCCAUCCCUCCGCUGUUUUACCGAUCUGCCCUCAAAUCUUUCACCGGGCAUCAUCCCGUGUUGAUUUGACAGAGAAGAUUGAAUUUAAAUCGUGAUUUAUUAUUUUAUUAGAGGCGACCGGCAACAGCAGCAGCACCAGCUCCGGUUGUUAGACCCAGACCCGUGGGCGGCUGGGUGGCGUCUGUCUGGGCGAGCUGAUAGGACGAAGAUUUGGCAAUACCAACUGCUUCAUCCCAAAUUCUCAAGAUAUGGCGAUGAGAAGUGAGAUGUAGAAAACGGAUGGGAGGCCAUUCAUGUGGGUCUUGGCUUCAGCUAAAACGGACAAAAUCUUGCAGCGCCACCACGACCAUCAUCCUCAUCCUCCCCCUCCUCAUCUAACCAGUUGAUAUUUUUUUAAACAACUAUCUAAAAAGUGUGCAGGUCCCACACAGACUGCAUGAGUCUAUCUUUGGCUGUCAGACGGACUCCUCAAGAGCACAGGGCAGAUGCAAACAGACUAAGCACAUCUUGGCAAUUCAAAAGACCCUCAGCAUCUCCGCCAACGGUGUUCUAACCGAGCGGGGUGAAUCUCACACCGGGGGACCAAUCUUUUCACAGGCAGGGAGAAGAUGCCAUUCCACCAUGUGCGGGCAGGCCUGCUCUAUCCAGACAACUACCUGAGCAGCUCCCUGACGGAUGGCAGCGAAGCCUUCCAGCUCACCAGCAUCUCCACAGAGGAGCUGGGAGAGAUCCGUGAGGCGUUUCGUGUUCUGGAUCGUGAUGGGAAUGGUUUCAUCUCCAAACAGGAGCUGGGCAUGGCCAUGCGCUCCCUGGGUUACAUGCCCAGCGAAGUGGAGCUGGCCAUCAUCAUGCAGAGACUCGACAUGGAUGGGGACGGCCAGGUGGACUUCGAGGAAUUCAUGACGAUACUUGGGCCCAAACUGCUGUCAUCUGACAAUAGAGAAGGAUUCCUGGGCAACACCAUCGACAACAUCUUCUGGCAGUUUGACAUGCAGCAGCUGUCUUUGGAUGAACUGAAGCAGGUGCUGUUCCAUGCCUUCCGGGACCACUUGACAAUGAAGGACAUAGAGAACAUCAUCAUCACCGAGGAGGAGAGCCUCAAUGAAACCUCAGGGAACUGCCCUGAGUAUGAGGGAGUCCAUCCUAAGAAGAAGAAUCGGCAGACGUGUGUCAGGAAAAGCCUGAUCUGCGCCUUCGCUAUGGCUUUCAUCAUCAGUGUCAUGCUCAUCGCAGCAAAUCAGAUGCUGCGGAACGGCAUGGAGUAACCAAUUGCACUGUGAGCAUGGGGAGUGGACAGAACAGCCAUGACCUCACGUCUUGUCUUUGCAGCCAAAGUAGGACCAGCCACAACCCGGGCACUUCUCUAAACAAUCAAUUGAGUUUUUUGAGUUUAAUUUGAACUUACCUUAUAAAAGCAGACAAUGUUAGUUAAAUAAAGAGAUAUAUAUUUGUUUUGCUUUGAAGAUGUCACCAUGUAUAGUUAUUGGACUGACUGGUCACAAGGAUCUUGAACUGAAAAAAAUAAUUUUGUUUUUAUAUAAACCGUGAGAAUAAAUGGAGGGUUUUAUUUUGACGAAGACCACCCUUUAGAGUUGAUUUCCUAAUUACCGAAAAAUGUUUAUCAGGUGCUUUGAGCCAUUACUAAUUUCAAAACAAACAGUGGUUAUUAUGAACAACGGCAUAUUUACCCUCAAGAAGUAGUGUUGAAUGUGAGUGAAUGUGAGCACUGAAUGUUUGGCACAGUAUUUAAAUGCAUAGCAAAUUCCUCACAUCUCAUAUAGCCAUUUAUAAACAUCACACUUUAUGUGAAUCAUCUAAAUCCUCGACUGAGUCCACUAAUCUUGGGACACAUGAAGUCUUGAUGUGUAUCUACAACAAGAAGCACAACUCAAUACUCAGUAAAGGGCCAUUUAAGAAUCAUCACUGUCCCGCUAUGUCCUCUACUAUUAAGUCUUAGCAUUGAUUGAUUGAUUGAUUGACUUAACAUUUUUAAAUGACCACACAUUUGUGUGGGUGUGUAAAAGACAGUACAUAAUGUAAGCUCAGGCUGUCUGAGAGGUGUAAAAUGAAGGAAGAGACCAAAAUCAAAUAACAUUGGAGCUACGGUUUUGGUUAGUAGGAUCAGUCUGAGAUAGAGUCCGAUAUUUUUAGUUAUGUGCUGGUAGAAAAUAUUUUACCUCAGCAUCUCAUUGUAAUACUGCCCAACUGUGGUAAAUAUAAACCACACAAAGAGCAUGCCAGUAUAUACACUGCCAUAUCAAACAUUACUCUAACUUCCAUGGAUUUAAAUGUAUAAAUAGUACUAUUUAUCUUGUGUAAUGUAAUAUACUUCUCAAAAGCAGAAUGUAUAAAGGGUAAA